AUGAUAGCGCCGGCGCCACCCGGCCAUUUCCCACAUCAACAGCCCAUUUCGUCGCCGAAUCGAACCAGCCGCGAUGCGCCGCCACGGACAGAACCGACCGAGAUCGAGACCCACCACCACGCGAAUCACCCGGCAACCUUACCGGUACUCGGAAUGCAACUGCCGGGAACACUACCUGACUCGUCACGUGCUCAGUCACGAGCUCACCUCGACCUUAACCUCGACUUACACGCGCACCCUCACUCUCACUCUCACGGGCCGCAUCUUUCUCAUGGCGCCCAUGGAAUUCAAAGCCACGAACAUGGACAUGCGACUCAUCCAGCCCACAGUUCAGCGGGCCUACCGUCCGCUGGGUUUGCAAGUCACCUCCCUCCCGCCUCAACUAGCCCCAUGACGUUGGAUUGGAAUAUUUACAAUGUUCCUCCAAAUUUACAGCUGAAUCCGUCUCACUUUAAUUUUGAGGUUCCAGGACAUAUGGGUGUAGUUGGUCAUUCGAGCCAUCUGGCACACGCAUCUACAGAUCCAACGGCAUACGCAUACGGAAGCAAUCUUGUUUCGCCGUCGUCAAUUCAUCCAAACAAUGCCCAUUUCGAUACCAGCGCUUCAACCCAAUGGGAUGAUUCUCUGGGCCAUGAUUCGAGCACCCCGAAAGUGCGUACCCCUGCUCAGCAGAUGGCCAGCAAUCCUUGGGCCGAAAUAGAGGAGCCCCCGGGAGACAACAAGUCAACCGCUGCUUCCCGUCCACGAAAGACUCCUCGACCGAGAAGACAGAAGAAAGAAGCUCGGAAGCUAUCGGAGGAUUCUCAAGGGGCCAGAAGCAGUAGUACCGGUGGAACUGCACACUCGGUAUCUGACGCUGCCAGCCCUAGUACCGCGUCACAGAAUAGCCGCACCAGUGUUGGCUCCAAAUCUGUAUCUAUGGCUUCCACGGUUUCCGUAUCGACCGCUUCAGCAGUUUCUAGCCGCCAGAGCAAACUUAGAAGUGCCUCUCGAACAUCCAAGAACAGUCGAGAUAAACCCAACGAUACCCCCGAAGAUCGUCGAACCCGAGCUUCUCAUAACCUUGUUGAAAAACAAUAUCGAAAUCGACUCAACGCUCAGUUCGAAUCACUACUCAGUGCACUUCCCGAGCAAGUUCGACACGGUAAUGGUGGUAGUGAAAACGGAAACGGAAACGGAAAUGGAGACAACGAGUCCGAUCAAGCCAACGAUCCUGACCGACGUGUUAGUAAGGGUGAGGUGCUUGAGAUGGCUCGCAAGCACAUUGAAGCACUAGAACGCGAAAGGAGUCAACUCGAAAUGGAGAAUCUCGAGCUUCAUGGGAAUAUACGACGACUCAAAGGAUCAAAUUCCGAAAGCACAGAGUCCUCGUUAGGCCCAGGAAGCUCUGCCGAGCCCGACACGAACAAAGAUCAAAAGCAGGCUGAUGAUGGAAACGAUCGGAACGAAAAGCCAUAA